AUGGAAAACGAAAAUGAAAAGAAUACCUUGGAGGAGGUGUUUGAAUUUGUUUACUUUAAAAAAGAAAAGGUUAAGAGAGAACACAUAGAGUUAGUUAAAAGCAACAUUGAGAAUAUUUUAAACGAAAAUAAAGAAGCGUUGUUUGGAUUGGUUAAUUUGUUGUUCUUCACAAAAGAGCCCAAUUAUUUGAAGAACAAUUUAUGUAUUUGUCUACACGCGUUGUGUAAAACAUUGAAUGAAACAAACAUAGAAGAUGUGAAAAAGAAAAUUUUUAAAUAUAUAUUGAAAAAAUUGGAAAAUGGAAAAUAUAGUUACUUCGAUAAAGCUCAUUUUUGUAAAAAAUUUUUAUCCUUUUGUUCAUCUAAUGAGGAUAUAUUAUCGGAUUUAAAAAACAUAAAACAUUUUAAUGAUUUGUUUGUUAUUUGCUUAUCAUACUUGGAUAGUCUUUUUUAUAGUGACGAUAAGUUGAUCGAAAAAAACCAAAAAUUUCGUAUGCUUAAAAAAGGGGCAAUAAAAAAAUUAAUUAUAAUUUUUUCCAAUAUACACAACGUAAAUAAGAAUAAAAAGUGUGGAGAGAUAGAAUUAAGUAACAUUAAUUCACUAAAGGGUGAGGAAGAGAUAGAAUAUAUACUAGAUACAUAUGCAAAGGGAGAUAAUUUCUUCUACUUAAUUGUGGAAUCAUUUGGUCUAUUUUUAUGUAAAAAUAAUGACAGCAAUUUUUUCGAUAAAAAAAAAUAUGUGGAUAGAUUUAUGAACAAUUUUGUUGAUCUUUUAAAUUCCAAUAAAGAAAUAUCAUUAAAAAUUAAUAGAUCAUUUAAAUAUAUUUUUCAAAAUGGAAAAGAUGAAAAUAUAUUCAAGAACAUAUUGAACUAUAUUCAUAGAUAUGAUGAAGUAGCAUUAAGCAAUGCUUCUCCUUUUUACUAUUAUUGUGAAUUAUAUAAUAGGGAACAUUUUUAUAAUUUAUUAGAAAUAAUAAUUAAUGUAAAAAAAACUAAAAAUGUGGAAAAUUGUAACUUAUUGUAUUUUAUACUUUUUUAUAAAUUUCACAUAAACAAUGAAAAUGAUUGUGUAUUAAAUAUGUUAAUUGAAAAGAAUCAAAAAUUAAAUAUUGUAAAAUUUAAUGAAAAAAUUAUUUUUUUAAAAACUGCUGCAUAUUUACUUUCCAGCAGCAGAAGUAAAGAAAUAAAAGAUAUAAUUAUUGCAAAUAAAAACAUGAUAUCUAACUAUUUGAAGAAUGAUUUAAAUGAAAAUGUUAAAUUGGAGUCUUUGAUUUUUUUGAGAAGUUUUUCUAGAAUUUUAAAAAAUGACAAAGAUGUGUACAAAACUUUUUCCACGUUAGUUUUAGAAAUUCUAGAAAAAUAUGGAAAGAACAAUGACAAGUUUUUAUAUUAUAGCUUGUUGUUUUAUGCAGAUUUGGUUGAUUCCAUUGAGGUUAAUGAUAAAUUACUUUCUAUUUUUAAAUCACACUUAAAUUUUUGCUUAUCAAAACAGAUACUAAAAUAUGUUUAUGGGGCUAAUUUGUUUUUAUUAUUAUAUAUAAAGAAUAGACACACAUGUGGAAUUACCAUUAGCAAUCACAUUAAUGAAAUUUUGAUGAAAAGCAUAUACAACCAAAGUGAGCUUUUCUAUCUUUAUAAUAUAAAUGAAUUGAAAAAAAUUCCUACAAAUAAAUUUUUUUUUUAUGUAUAUUCUGUUAUACUACUACUGCAUUUCCUGUAUCAUGAAGACAAAAAAUUUCUAUCAGAGUAUGUAAACGAGUUAAAUAAAAAUUUCCCAAGUUUUAUUUUUUUUGAUCAAUUGAGCAAAUUACACAUACAACACAUAUUAUUGGUAGAUAAGAAGAAUGGAGAAGAAAAGAAAAAAAACAUUUCAGCAAAUGCACAACAUGAGAAUAAAAGAGAAGGUCUUAAGAAAGAUGGAAAAAAAAGUAAGAUAGAUAAUAUGCAUAUGCUUUCCUUUCUUAUUAUACUAUGUAUGAUGCGCUAUUUGGAAGAAAAUAAUUUAGAUAAAACUGAAUAUAGAAGAAAAAAUGAGAAAAAAUUUCAUACCUAUUUGCUGAGUUUAAAAGGGGGAGGAAUUAUUAAUGAAGAGAAUUCUGAAUAUCAAAAUUAUGUGAACGAUUUUGAUAUGAUGUUGGAUAUUUUGCUAAUGCAGAAGGAGAUAUAUCAGCUACUUUUGCACUCGUUUUAUGUGUAUCUUUAUUUAUAUUGGAAUAAUAGCCCUAAUUUUAAAAAUGAGAAUACAUAUGUUCUGAAGAGAUUCCUACUUUUUCUCUUUUCCUAUGUAAGCAAAGUUGACCUAGACUCAACAGAAAGUAACAAUUGUUAUAUGCUUAUUUUAUUAUGCUUUUGUCACCCAUGCAUAUUUUAUAAAAAUUUGAGGUGUUCAAUAAGUCGAAGAAGAAUGAAGAAUUAUAUAUGUAAUAAAAUAUUGAACAAAGUUAAUUUAGAAAUGAUUAUAACUUUUAUUUUGAAAGGUUCUGAUUACUACAGCAACGAAUUACACAAAACUGUUUGUUUUCAUUUGAUUGAGAUGUUUUACAUUUUGGAAAAUGUAUCCAAAGAUGAAAAGGAUGAAAUGUCAAAUGUAGGAGAACUGAACGAAGAAAAUUUAUCCGAUGAAAACAAUGAUGGGACUACGGAUCACUCUGAAUGGGAAGGGAGAAAAAAAAAAAAAAAAAAAAAAAAAAAAACGAAAUCAGUAUAUGCUUGUACUAAAGUGAAGAAACAUGUUGAGGAGAAAAAAGAUACAGAUGAAAGGAAUUUAAUAAUUAUAAAUGAUCCUGAAAUUAAAAAGAAUUUAAUUUCUUUCACGAGCAAAUUGAUCGAUAUGUUGGAUGAAAAGAGUUUGCAAAAUGUAAAAGAAGAAGAAAUAGAAAUUUGCAAAUGUCCAUUUGAUACAUUAUAUGUUGACAAGAAUGUAUACCAACCAACGAUCAUUGUUGAAAGUAAAAAUAUAAAGCGAAAUAAGCAUUUAUUUUCUGUAUAUGAUGAAGAGACUGCAGAAUUAAUCAUGCAAGAAGAGGAGCUUAAUAAGAGUAAAAAAGCUAUGACUACGACUAGUAGUAAUAGUAUAAACAUGACAAAGGAUAAAAAAGGGAAUAAAAAUAAAGGGUUAACAAAAGAAGACCUAGAAAUGGAAGAAAUAUUGAAACAGAACGAAAUUCGAUCGAAAGUGCACGAAAUAGUUGAAAGAAAUAAAUACAUUUUGCAGUGUAUUAAAAAAAUGAGUUACAUUGAUGAUAUUUAUGAUACGAAAUAUAUAAAUCUUUUCAUAAAGAAAAUAAUGAUUUAUUUAAAAAAUGAUUUAACAAGUAGAUAUUCACAAGCUUAUUUGAGCAAGAUCAUUGAUAACUUAAUAAGUAAAAAGUUGUUAACAUGUAAAAAUAAAAUUACUAGAUGCUUAUAUAAGAUAAGCAAAUAUAAUAAAGCAGACGAAUCUGCUUUAGUGAUUUUUAGUUCUUUCAAUAUGAAUGAAAAGAUAUCUUAUGUGUUAACUUUAUUUUUAUUUCCCAUAGUACUACAUAGUAUUAACAUAAUAAAUGAUAAAGAUGCAACACUAAACAUUUUGAAAACGCUAGAAAUAUUAUUGCACUCAAGGACUAAAAUUAAUGAUGAAGAUGCUCUUAAAUGUUUGCAAAUUUCUUUUGAGAAAUAUGCCGAUUUAGAUGUAGAACUUGAAUCCUUUUUAGAGAACUUUAAUUCGUAUCUGUUAAGUAAGAAAAAUACAAAAACACUACUAGAGCUUUGUAUAACAGAAAAUGAAAAACGUAGAAAUGUUAUAAUUAAAUCAUUGUACACAUUUGUAAGAAAUGAAACCACAGCCUGCAACACAAAUACAGUUGACAACAUUUUUAAAAAUGAUUUUAUACAUUUAUAUUUGAAUAUUUUCAAGAAUGAUUAUAAUAUGGAGACACAGGAAUGCUGUGUAGAAAUGAUUUCCACAUUAAACAUACCCCUCGUUUCUGAUCAGUAUAAACUAAUAGAUUUGUUGCAAAAAGAAUGUUGUGAUUUUCAAAAUAUGAUAUGUAAAACUAUUGUUUGCUCAACGAAUAAGAAAAAAACGAAAGAAUUAUUAUUGCAAUUAACAUCUAAAUAUAUAACAUUUAAGGAGUAUGGUAAAAUUGGAAUAUUAAAGACGAUGGAACAUUUAGCAAAAGAACACUUUGUUAUACUAAUAGAUGAUGUGGAAUUUAUUUUAAACUUUUUGUUAGGUUUCUGUUUAGAAGAAAAAAUUGAUAUAACGAAAAUUAAGGAGUUUGUAAUUUCUUGCGGUAGUUCAGUCAUUAAUGGGUACAAUGAAUAUUUACUAAGAUGUAAAAAAAAGAUGAGUAAAAAAAACAAAAAUAGAAAAGGUACAAAAAAUGCAAAAAAUAAAAACUCCAAGGGAAAGAAGCAUACAGGAAGAAAUUUUAAGAACGAUGAAUUUGAUGAAGACAACUAUUCAGAAAAGGAUGAUGAAAUCGAUUACUAUUCUUCUGACUCUUCCGAUUCAUCCACUGAGGUAAGUAGUAAAGAAAAUUUGAAAAAUGAAAAUAAAGAUUUAGAAGAAGCUUUUAAAAGAAUGUAUAACUGUUUGAAUAAAUAUCGAGAAAAUAAAAAAAGCAACAACAAAAGUGUAAUCGAUUUGAUCGUUGUAAUGUUUUACGGAUGCCUGGGAGGAAAUUUGAAAAAAGAAACUUUAGAAUUACUAAACAAAUUAAUAGAACAAAUUUUACACAAAGAUACAGACAAUUUUACCCAAAUAGAAAUUAGCAGGAUAAUCCCAAAAUUUAUAGAAAAUUUAAAAAAUGAUAAAGAAAAUACUUAUGAAGAUUGUGAAGAUUUUGAAGAUUCUGAAAAUUGUGAAGAUUUUGAAGAUUCUGAAAAUUGUGAAGAUUUUGAAGAUUAUGAUGCAGAAUCAGGAUACUUUGAUGCCGUGAACCCCAAUAUGACCAAGCCAGAAAUCAGCAGAUCAAAUAGUUCAAUUAAGAAAAAAUCCGUAACUUUUUACAUAGACGGGAAGAUUCAUAGCUCAGAAAUAUUGGCUAAGGGAGGAAUAGAUAGUUGUAAGAAGAAGAGUAAGAACAUGACAACAAGUGUUGAAGAUAAAGAAAAUGAUAAAGAACAGCAACCAAGUAAAGGAGGGAAAAAAAGUAAGAAAAAGACAAAAAUGGAGAAAGGAAACAACAAUAAUAUUAGCAAUAGUACUAGUGCUAGUACAUAUACAGAGGGAUUAAUUUAUCUCGAAAAUUACGAUGUAGGAAUAUUAGUUGAAAAGAUUUUUUCUAUUAUUUUAAAUCAUAAAGAUUUAAAAGUUAGAAAAGGUUGCUGUUUACUUUUGGGAAGCGUAAUAAAAGCACAUGGUAUGCAUAUACUAACAAAGUACAAGCUUUUGAGUAAAAUAAACUGCAAUAUUUAUUCUGAAGAUGCUAUUAAGAGACAAAGUUUUUACCUGACAUAUGGAUGUUUAUUCAAAGUGUUGAAGAUAAAAUUUGAACCUUAUAUUUUAAAAAAUUUUAGAUUAUUAUUAGAAUGUUAUAAGGAUAAUGUAAAUAAUAUAAAAAUUUUGGGAAUAAGUAUUAUUGAAGAGAUUUUAAACGAUUUAGGCCAAUAUGGCUUGAAGAAAAUUUUACCUAUUAUCAUUUUCAGCUUAAAAAAUUCAAGUAUUAGAAAUAAAGAUAUAGUAUCAUAUUUAGACAUACUUCAUUUAAUAAUUUGUAAAUUUGAUAUUGUAAAUUAUGUAGAUAAUGAGACCUUGGCAGAUUUAGUAAAUUUAUUAUGUGAUUUGGUAUCUGAAACAAAUUCGAAAUUGAGAGAAAUAUGUGUAAAAAUUUUUAACAAGUUAGAAAAGAUGAUUCAAAAUAAUGAUAUUAAAAAUAUAAGCAGACAAUUAUUGCAAUGUAUUUAUUCCCCGAAUGAUAUUCAUUUAUGCGACUUUUUGGAUAUAUUUUCAACCAUUUCUUUUGAGUACAAAAUUGAUAAUAUUUCUUUAUGUUUACUAUUUCCAAUAAUUAAAAAAGGAAUAAAUAAUAUUAGAUUGGACUUAAAGAAGAAAGCAUUACAAAUUUUAUACUUUUUAAUUUAUCUAGUAAGUGACCAAGCAUUAUUUAUUAUUUACUAUGAUAGCAUAUUUAAAAUUUUAAUUAACCUCCUAAAUGAUGCAGUACCUGAGAUAAGAUACCUUACGGCCAAAUCAUUUGGAAACAUUUGCUUUUUUUUAGAUAGAAACAGAAAAUUGUAUUACAUUCAAUACAUUUUUAACAUUCUAGUUAAUACAGAAUCAUCAGUAGAAAAAAGUGGUGUUUCUUUAUGUUUGUCCUCCAUUUUAGCUAAAUGUUCAGAAAUCAUUGCAGAAAAUUUUAUUGCAACAGUUGUGCGCCUUAUUGAUGUUAAGAAAUAUAUAACACUCAAGAAUAAGCAGGGGAAGAAAAUAAAAAAAAGAGAUGGAAAGAAAUCCUACAUGAAAAAAGGUAAAAAAAGAUUCCACAAAGGUGCAAAAAUUCGAAGUGCAGCAGAAUACGUCGAUGAUGAGGAUGCUGUUGAAAAUGAUGAUGAGGAUGAUGAUGAGGAUGGUGAUGAGGAUGAUGAUGAGGAUGAUGAUGAGGAUGAUGACGACGAUGAUGACGAUGAAGAUUACGAAGAAGAAGAGGGUACAGCACAUGUUGCUGAUAGUGACGUGGAAGGUGGAGAAUCGGUGAAAGGAGGAAUGCACUACACCAGUGACGAUGGUGAUAAUGAUGGGCAUGAAGAAAAUGAAGAUUAUGAUGUCCAAAGCAGUGAAAAUGAAAUUUACACAAACAUGGAUGAAAGCGAAGACAAUGAUUUCGAAGAUAACCAUUAUGAUGAUAAACAGAUGAAAGGAAGAAGAUACGACGAAGAGGAAGAAGAUGAAGAUGAAGGAGAAGAAGAAGAUGAAUUGACAGAGGAAGAAAGCGAUAGUGAUGAUGAUAUAUUGAACAAAAAUGCUAAAAAAAAAUCUUCCUAUUUGAAUGGAUUGUAUUUAAUAGAAAAGAGCGAAGACAAUGAUUAUCGUGUGCAAAUUGAUGAGGAUUUAACAAAUUGGAAUUUAAUUUAUGAUCGGAAAAUUAUAAAAACUGAAAACUCAAAGGAGGGAUUAAUAGGAUUUUUUAUAUAUAUCCCUGAAUGUGCCCCUGAAUAUACAGAAAAAUUUUUAAAAAGGAUUCUUCAGAAAUUAUUAUUAUGCCUAAAUGAUACAAGUGAAAAAAUUAGAGAUAUUGCUUUGAGAUCUUGUAAGGUAUUAAUUAGCACAUAUUCAAGAAAUAACACUUCACUAAUUUUAAAAUUUAUUGAAAAUAAAAUAUAUAAUAGCUAUUGGAGAAUUAGAAAAGAUACAGUAAUUUUAUUAAAUGUGCUGAUUGAAAAAAAUAUAGAAAUUAAUAAGGAAGAAAAGGACAUAGAAACUUUGAACUUAUUGCACGAGAGAUUUUAUUUCAUGUUAUCCUUAAUAUGUAUCAUGAGAAAUGAUAAGAAUAUAAAUGUGAAACAAACUGCAUAUAAUAUUUACAAGACAUAUGUAAAUAAAAGAAUAUUACAAGAAAUGUGGCCAAUACUGCUAAAAAAGAUAACACAGAAUUUGUCUUCUAAGAGUAACUCGAAGCAAGUUGUGAGUGCAUUAGCCUUAGGAGAUUUGGUUUAUAAAACAGAUUCAAGUAAUUUAGAAAGUAUUUUAGAAAAUAUGGUUAACGAAUUUAAAACAACAAAGUAUACAUCUAUCAGAAAAGGAAUAUCACUUGGAUUUUAUGAAAUUUUUUCAAAGACCAAAUAUCACAAUUUAAUUGUGACACACGUGCAUAAUAUUAUUUAUAUGAUAAAAGAAUUGGCGAAUCAUAAAAAUACAGGAGACAUAAUAAAAUUAUUAUCUUUGUUAUUAAAAAAUAUAGAUCAAAUUGUUUUGAAAGGUAUUAUCAAUGAUUUUGUUAAUGAUGUUAUUAUUACCAAUGCAACUGCAAAUAGUUUAAAAAAAUUUACGUCAAAACAGUAUAUCAGUUUUAAGAGCAUUAAAAUAUUUCUAAAUGUUCACACAGAAUUAGUUAUAGAUCUCAUAGUAGAUAAGGCAUUAGUUCCUCCAUACAGCGCUGCAAAAAUGAAACUAUUAUCAUACAUUUCGUAUGCCAAGUUAGGAAAUUAUUCCCUUCUUUUUAAAAAACUUAUUAAUCUUUUCAUCCAUUUCAUACUCCACGGCUACAGUGACUUGAGGACACAUGGCUUGAAUGUCAAAAAUUAUGCAGAAGUUGCAUCAUAUAGUAUGGAAGAAAAUGUGCAACAAGUUGGUAAUAAAAAGGAAGGUGAUAAUUCUUCUCUGGUUAAUAUAAAAGUAAAGAAAACGAAUGAAGAAAGUGAAUGUGAUAAUGGGGAGGAAGUAGAAGAGGAAGAGGGAAAAAAGAAUGGUGAGGAAAAUGAUGAGGAGUAUGAUGAUCGAAGUGAUGAGAGUUACAGUGAUUAUGACGAAAAUGAAAGAGCUGAUUCAUAUAAAACAGAUAUGAACAUACAAGAUAUAAUAAUUUCCCUCAAAUGUUUUCUAAAAAAUAUAAGUGACAGGAAUAUUGACACUUUAACAGAGAUUCUUUUUGUAGAGCUAAAAAAAAACGAUAGCACAAUAGAUUUAUCUUAUGCAAGUUUAGAAAAAUUGGAAAAUGAGGAAAAGAGUGAUAUAAGUUUUAUGAAUAAUUAUUCAAAAAUAUCCAAUGGAAAUAAAUUAAAGGAAUUGAAAAAAUUUGAAUGUACAAAGAGGAGUGGAAAAAUAAGAGAAAUAAUUUUAUCUAUUUUUAAGUAUUUAUUAGACAUUAUAAAUGAAAAAGAUAUUUCCUCGUUAAAUAAUGAAUCUGCAGCAGUACACGGUUCGAAUGUUGUGAUAGAUCAGAAUAGUAAUGUUAAUAUGAGAAAUAAAAAUGCAAACAAGAAGAUCAAUAUACUGGAUUCAUAUAGAACAGAUAUAUACAUAACAUGGUUAUCAAAGUAUGCCUUAAUAGAUAUCAACAAAAAGGUAUUAGAACUAUCAUCUACAAUAUACAUGUAUCUUAUUGAGCGAAUCAAAAAGUUAGAUAGCAAUUAUAACUAUGUUCAAAGGUUUCAUGACAUCAUAAAUAAAUACAGUAGUGAUAGCAAUUUUUGUGAAGUUCCAGAUGGAAAAUACGAAUUGGUAGGAUUUAAUCUAAAUAGGAAAUUGUUUUCAUCUUUUGUUAAUAUGUGUACACAUGUAAUUUUAUUAUCGACAAAUUCGGAUGCAAAAAUCAAAGCAAUAGAUAUAAUAAGAAAGAUAUUUUUAUAUACCAAUAGCGAAAUUUCAAGUCCCCAAAUUUUAAAAGUAUCGGGUAUUCUAAUACGAGUAUUAACAAAUAAAUACAUAGAACAAACAAAAAUUUAUAUUUUUUCGACAUUUGAAGCAUUAAUUCAGAAGGGUAGCAAUUUUAUAAAGCCAUUGAUACCACAACUUCAGACGUGUAUAAUAAAAUCGUUAAGCAACGAAAAAUUAAAAAACCAAAUUAUUCACAUACUAAAUAUCAUAUCAGAAAAAAAAUUAUCCAGAGUGGAUUUACUCAUAAAUGAUUUAUUGAACAAUAUUAAUAUACAAACGAAUCCACAUCAAACUAUAACUAUAUUUAUGAUACUGUCAAAUAUACUUAAGACUCCAAAUAUCAAUAUAAAAAAUAUUUUAAAUAAAAUAAUGAAUUCUGUAAAACCUCAUUUUAAUCAUAGCAAUUGUGACAUAUCUUUUUAUGCAUGUAAGAUUUAUGUAUUGUUAAUAUUUUAUCAUUUGUCAAAUAAGAAGCAGUAUUUAGAAUCAAUAUUAUUACCGGGCAAAACGACGACAAAUUCUGCUACAUGUUACUUUAUGUUGCAUAUAAGUGAAAUAGAUAAUUUUUAUGAUAUUUUAAAGAAGGAAAAUAUGAUGGAUAUAUUUAAGCACACCUAUGAACAAAUGUUGAAGGACGAGGUAAAUAGCCAUCAGAAUAUUUGCUAUCAAAUAUUUUACAAUUUUUCAAAGUAUGAUGAGGACUGUUUAUCAUUUAUUUAUAGUCGCGUUAAUUACCUUAAGUUGCCACCCAUGAUAAUGAUUUCCAUUGAAAUAUAUCGAUACUAUUUUAAGGCACUUGGAAAUAUUUUUAAAAAAAAACCCAUUAUUUACAAGGAAAAUGUGCCUAACUUUUUCCUCAUUUUGAACAAUUUGCAUCUGGCUCUGUCUAGCACAGUGCAAGUGUUUAAGUCACUGGGAGAAAGCUGCAUAAAGCAUGUCCUCGAAAUAAAUAACGACGAUCAGUAUAAAGAAAAAAUGAACUUUUUAAAAGACCAAAUGGAAAGCACAAAAUACAACCUACUACUUGAACAAUUAAAUCGGGUCCUUGCUAAGAAGCAUAACAUAAAAUCGGACUCGGAAUAA